UGUUGGCCGAGACCAUCUCAAUACCUGUAUUAAUUCGCUGGGUUGUUGACAACAACAUGGCCACCCUCCAAUCCGACAAACUCAUGCGCCAGCAGGUCGAAGAGUGCAUCUCGACCCUCCAAGAAGAUAUUGUCGCCGCCUUUGAGGCACUCGACCCCGCCGUACCCAAAUCCAAGCGCGACUAUAUGGACCGCCCCGUCGAUCCUCCUGAGACGCGGGACGCGACGCGUUUUGCAUGGCCACAUGUAGGUUCAGGGCAGGUCGUUUCGCGCCCGAGCGUUUGAGCGGGCACAACAGCGUUUUGGAACCCCGAAACCGCCACGAAGAUCAGUCCCCUUUGGUUUUGGGCGCGUUUUCUGGGUCCGUCAAAUCUCAGCAUGAGAGUCCGGAGUUGGUAACAUUGUCGGAGUGUGCGGCCCGGCGUCUCG